AACUAGUGAACGCGCAGGCCCUCCCGAACACCCUCCACCAUGAAUGACGCGCUUACGUAUUGGUGAUAAAGCCCGUGAAUUCAACCAGCUGUAGAUACAUUUGGGCCUCUUGAGUUGGUUUUUGCGAGGAUGAAACUCGAUCCUCCGACAUUUCGGCUUCUGGUCAUUAAUUUGUGUCUUGUAAUCAGCAUUACCACCGGUGAACUUGAAUAUUAUCAGGAUGUUGACUCAGAACCAUCAGAGACAGACGUGAGGCUGAAGGAGUUGGAGCGUUUUCUUGUCACCCAAUCGCGCCUCCGUCUCCUACGCCGCGACCAGGCACCGUCAUCGUACCGUCAUUUACAGGCAUACAAAGAUGACACCUACCGAGCUCGUGAGCGAGAGAUCCUGGAGGCCCUUGUGGAUAAUCCCAGUAUCAUGGAACUUGUGGAGAAAAAUCAAGAAAAUAACAUAAAUCCACAUUCCGACUACAAUAGCAUCGCAUACCCGAGGUCACUCAAUCGUCACCCCUACAUAAAUGUCAAUUUAGAACCUUCGGGAAUCUACCAGUAUCCCAAGGUCAAAAUACCCUAUCCAGAUCACAGAAUCAAUGACAACAUUUUUUUCGAUAACUCACCGAGAUAUCCAUUAAAAUUGACAUCUCCCAAUAAAAAUGACAAUUAUGAGACGGAAAUAGAUAGGAUCGAUAACUCGUUGGAAAAACUACAUAAUAAAUUAUAUGCGUUUAAUGGUCAGAGGCAUGACAAUGCUCUAGAUAAGGAGGUGCCGCCUCUGGAUGACCAAGUACCGGAUUUUACGUAUCAUUUUGGUGAGCCGAAAAGUGAAGAACUGGAAAACACAUUCGCAACCAAGCCAAAUGAUCCUCGAUAUUGGGAGAAGAUGGAGCAUGUAACGAGGAGGGAAGAACACCCUAAGAUUGUUGUGGCUAUGGGGGAGAUGAUAAAGGAGCCUAUUGAAAAUAGAGUGAUGAAGAUUGAAGAUAUGCCAAUCGAUUCAAAACCUGCCUUGGUGGUUUAUAAAUCUAUUUCAAGUGGUGAUAAACAAGUUGGGGAGAGAAAUGAUAGGCUCGUGGAAAUCAUGCCUGAACCGCAGAGGCGGGCUGAGAAGGAGCCAAUUAUCACAUUCACUAGAAACAAGGUCAACAACGAUGUGUAUUUCAUUGCUAUUGUUGCCGGGUGUAGUGCUGCUGCAAUGUUUACACUUGUUCUCAUUAGCUUGACUUGGUGCAGACUCCAACGCGGGGUCAAAGCAGCUGCGGAUAUCGAGUACCCAGCUUAUGGGGUGACAGGUCCCAACAAAGAUGUCUCACCGUCGGGCGAUCAACGGUUGGCCCAUUCAGCCCAAAUGUAUCAUUUUCAGCAUCAAAAACAGCAAAUAAUUGCCAUGGAAAAAUCAGCCGCAUCUCGUGACCCCGGAUCAGUCUCCGAAGCCGAGAGUGAUGAGGAAAAUGAGGAAGGUGAUUACACAGUGUACGAGUGUCCGGGUUUAGCACCUGCAGGCGAGGUUGAAGUGAAGAAUCCAAUGUUUCACGACGAUCCAACCCCAGCCACACCAUCCCAGAACACCAAAGACGAAGAGCCGCAUCACUAGCUUCAUUAAUAUCUGCAGGAAUGAGAGAAAUAGCCGAAAAAUGCCAAGUGGCAAAAUUAUGAGAAAUUACUAAUAUUCAUAUUCAUAUUUAUAUUCAUAUUCAUAUUAUCCGGUCAGAAGUCUCGUGAUUUGCAAGUCACCUUCUCUACUUGGCUCCCUUUUCAUCUAAAACCAUAUCUCAAAAUAUUAUAAAUAUUUUGACACUGAUUAUAGAAAUUGUCUGUAUUUGUUAUAGGGAAAAUGUCUCUAGAACAAUUCCUUUUAUAGAACAUGUCUAUAGGCUUUUCAUUUUCUAUGCGUAAGAGGUGGAAUUGGAGAUGCACUCGUUUGUCUAUACGAGCUGUGCUCAUUUUACAAGGUAUACACUUAUCAACAAUUUUAAUGAAAACGUUAUUGUAUAAACUAAUGUCAAUCGUCCAUAGUAUCGUGACGUCUUUAUCCACUUCCAGUUCUGCAUGCAUCAAAAUAUCAUCAAUAUUAAUUAUAGAAUGGAAAAUAAUGGGUUUUGGUAAUGAAGUAGUGGAGGGAGAUGAAUUGCCUUAAUUUUUUUUUUUUUUUCAAUCAAUUUUUGAAAAAUAUUUUUGAAAUUUUUGUCAGACCUUCUUCGCAGCGAAAAAAAACAUCUCUACAAAAAAAAGACGCGAAAUUUUCCAUGUCUCUCAAAUUAAAAAAUAUUACGUCUUGAAAUUAAAGUCACGUUUGACUCAUUACGUUUAACUCCUCCAUGCGAUUAUUCGUGCGACUAUUUGUCUCAUUCAUUGCAUAUGAAAUUUACCAAAAUUUUAAUCAUGUCAACUUCAAAGAAACCACUAAACCACUAAAAGUAAAGAAAUGGAAAAAUAGUUAAUCGGAGGAAUUAGACAGUUCAUCGUUGAUGAGAAUCUCUAUUUUGACCAAAUAAAUAAAUAUAUCGAGACGAUAUACGUAAUGGGGAGGAAAAUAAUAGAGAACAAAGAAAAUAAAGACUUGUAUCCUGUGCAUUGUCCAAUGUACAUACAAAUAAACUAUGAAUAUGGAGACUUAUUGAUCGCCAUGUUUGCUUUCCUCCUACAACAUUUGAAGGAUUGAAUUUCAAUUUGUUGUAUUUUAUUAUAAUUAAUCCAAAUUUUGUGAAGGAAAAGAAAAUAGAACAUUGGAAUUGAGCGUUUAAUUCAUGUAUAUACCUAUAUAAUUUGAAAUGUUACAGAAACCAUUCAAUUUAUUCAAACAUCCAAUGAAUUUAUCAUAUGAUUUAUCAUAGAAUUAAAAAUACCAAUUCGGACAUUAAACCUGUGGUAACUCAACUUUUCCAUUUUUUUUCAAAAUUAUUCACAAUCCAUAGUUUUCAAAAUAUUCAAGGAAUACGCAUCCAACCCCAUUGUUUUUUUUAAUUUCAAUAAUUGUAAAUGACUAUCAGUUUUUAUGUAUUCCAUAAAAAUUUUCGGAAGGUCAUGAUAUAUGCUUUGUGUGAGCGCAUAAGUUGAUGGGAAAGGUAUUUUUAAUAUUAUAAAAUAAAGAGACGCUUCAAAUACUUGCAUGUACUCUCUACCAUCUAACAGAUGAGAUGCUAUCAUAUUUCCCUUAAUUAUGUACUGAAAUAACAAAAGGAGCUUUACAACAAAAGUGUGUGAUGUCGUGCUGGCCAAAGACAUAUACAGAUAUAUUAAUAUACAUAUAUUUUAGCUAAUCCACUAUGGAUUGUAAUUAGAAAAUGAAAAACAAAACAAAAAAAAUGAAAUAAAUUAAUGUCUAUACAUAAUAAUAAUGUAAUGUUAGAUUAAUGGAGAUGGUUUUUAGUGAUUGGUGGGGAAAAUUUCUUCUCCUGGUAUUUAGUUGUGGUAUUUCUACACACAAAUCUACAUUGAAGUGGAUAAAAAUGUAUAUGAAGAAUGUGACAUGUUUCCUCAUUACGUUCUGUUAAUUAUCUGAAGAAUGAUGAGUGAAUUUAGAGAAAAAUGUAAGAUGACACUUUUUGUUGAGCAUCUCAUCGUUUAGAGACGAAAAAGCUCUCCCGAUAUUUUAUUUUCCUUGAAUUCCUUGACUCAAUCAACUCAUUAUUUUUCCACCCCUUCAAUAUGGAAGACAAUUAAUAAUCAUCAUUACUUUGAAAAUAAAGCAAUUUGCAAGACAUUGACAAACAAGAGAAUAUAAUAAAAACCUAUUUUAACAUGAUAACAAGAGAUAAAUUCUAUCAAUGUUGUACGUAUAUAUUAUCUUCAGAUUAUAUUGUCGUUUUAGCGAUGAUUCUGUUAGCAUUCUAUGAGUAUCUACAUGCAGAUGCUAAAUUGUCAAUGUAAAGCAUGAAAGGACAAUCUACGAGUACAAGAAUGUUAACCCGAUUGUAUCACGUAUCACGUCUGUUAAGUGGUAUUAAGAAUGCCAAAGGAGAAAGGUGAACAAGUUUUAAAAAAAAUGUCCGUCGACGUUUCCUUAACUCGCUGUAAUUAUUUCGUUGAAUCAAACAAUUAAUUACUUGAUCAUUCAUCAUUUUCAUAAAAGUCAAUGAAGAAUUUAAUAAUAUAGUAUACUAAAAUUAAGUUGUUGAUUGAUCUUCUGGCAAUGAAUCAUAAUUAUACAAGAAUAAUUAUAUUAUUAUUUUCAUGAAUAAAUUAUUUGUUUUGUAAAUGAUAUUUCUUCCAUAUUUCCACUUAAUUUGGAAAUAAUUUCAUAGAACAAGGAAAAAUAAAGCUCAUUGUAUAUUUUAA